AUGAAUUCAGACACAACAUAUUCACUACCAAAUCUACUAUGUGAAGAAGAUGAUUCAUGUUUAAGUGAUCCCAAAAUCAGGGCCAAUGAUGUUUCUUUUUCAGAAGAUGACCAUUUUUAUAUACAAUCUUUGAUUGAAAAAGAAUCCAAGUCAAAUGAUUAUUAUGGGUGUGUUUGUUUUGAUGAUUUUGAGAAUAAUAAUACUAAAAAACAACAAUGGUUUCAAUGUGCAAGAUUACAUGCCAUUAAUUGGAUCUUCAGUACAAGAGAAAUUUUGGGGUUUCAUUUGAGUACAGCUUAUCUCUCUCUGGUUUACUUUGAUAGAUUCAAUUCAAGAAGACUUAUUGAUAGUGAGAAAGAAUGGGCUAUUCAAUUGUUGAGCAUUGCAUGCUUAUCUUUGGCUGCUAAAAUGGAGGAACAAAUUGUGCCAUCAUUGUCUCAUUACAAAGCACAAGGUUACAACUUUGAAAGCAGUGUGAUUCAAAGAAUGGAAUUAAUGGUUUUGACAACAUUAGAAUGGAAAAUGUGUUGCAUAACUCCAUUUGCUUACAUUCACCAUUUUUUAUCCAAGAUUUGUGAUGAUUGUGACUGUAAUGAGUUUCUAAUAUCGAACGCUAUUGGAUUCGUUCUUGAUUUCUCUAAAGAGGUUAAUUUGAUGGAUCAUAGACCAUCUAUUGUUGCAAUGGCAGCGGUGUUAUUAGCUUGUGAUGAUCAAUUGACAAGAAACACAAUGGAGUUCAAGAUUGGUGAUUUGACAUCACUUCAGUCCCUUGAUAAAGGAUGUAUAUACGACUGUUAUAAUCUUUUAAAGGCGAUCGAGACUAAGAAGAGUAACACCCCCAAGUCGAUAAAUUCCUUUGGUUGUUUGAGAAAUCGUUGGAGCACUUCCUCCAACAUUGGUAUCAAGAGGAAACUUACGUACAACGGCUUUGAACAAAAAUGUCCGUUACAAAAGACUAGUAGACGAUUGUAGUCACAUUUCAUUUACCGCAAGGCAUGGAUUCAUUGAUUGGAUUUGAUCGCGUGAUCUUGACUAAAUAAGACUAAGUUUUGGGAACACUAAUCUACCAACAUAUGGUAUGAUUUGAAAAGUACCAUAAGGUAUCUGAAUAUUGAGAAAGUUAAGCUAGUGGAAAACUAGUGAAAAGGGUGUGGGUUGAGUAGUGGGUACAUUACUAAAGGAGAUGCAAUGGUAAAGUUUAACAUUACAGUGAAAAAAGACAAAAGGGGUCAAUUAAAGACUGUUAAAUGGGGAGUAUAUUUUUUACUUUUUGGGAUUCAAUUGUCUUUUUCAAUGCCCUUCUAAGCUUUUGUUCUGGAUAAAGAUUGUACUGUUUCUUUGUAUAAUGUAAUUGUGAAGGAACCUUGAAGCUUUUAUUGAAUUUAAGGCUUUGGAUGCUGACUUUCAAAAGGCUGAAAGCCAUAAGGAAGAGAUUUGGGGAAUGAAGUCAUUAUUUGAUUUGAUAUGAUAUGAAAUUAUGAAUUGAUUAGAUGAUGCAUUUGUUGGGUGGACAAGAAUUGUCA